CACCGAUGCUAUUUAUAGAGAAAGCCCUAAUUUCCCCCCAUUUUUGUAAACAGUACAAUUUCCCGCCUAUCUUUCUCACAUUUCCCGCUCCCCAAACCCUAACACUGUGCCGAAACCAUGGGGCAGAAGCAGCAAUCCACCUCUGAUCCAACCGCCGACCCCAAGAAACGCCGCCGUGUCGCUUUCUCCAGUAUCGAUGCUGGAGUCGAGGCUAAGGACUGCAUUCAAAUAUUCUUGGUAUCUAGCAAAGAGGAAGUGGGUUUGUCAAGUAGCUUCUAUGUUGAGCCUGCUGACUUGAGUCGCUUUUUUGAGGAUGAUGGAAAGAUAUAUGGGUACCAAGGAUUGAAGAUUACUGUUUGGGUUAGCAUUUUAUCAUUCCAUGCAUAUGCAGAUAUUUUAUUUGAAAGCUCAUCUGAUGGAGGCAAAGGGAUCACAGAUUUGAAAUCAGCUCUUCAGAGUAUUUUUGCUGACACCCUUGUUGAGAGUAAAGAUGAGUUCCUUCAAACUUUUUCAACCGCGAGUAAUUUUAUUGGAUCCGUUGUCUCAACUGGGGAGGUAUUGUCUCAGAAGACCUCCAAUGGACAUGUCAGUGGUUCAAAUAGUCAAGUAGAAGCCGCUACUUCUGAUCUAGAGGUGGUUCGCAUGGUAGUUGGCAAGACAGCUGCUGGUCCCCUUUACUGUCGCUUGGUUCCUCUCGUUUUUCUUCUUGUUGAUGGUAGCAGUCCUAUUGAUGUGAUGGAUCCAAGAUGGGAGUUGUAUCUACUGAUUCAGAAGAAAACUGAUCAGCAGGGGAAAUUUCAGUGUAAACUGCUUGGUUUUACAGCUGUAUAUCGUUUUUACCACUAUCCUGACAGUCAUCGUUUGCGGCUUAGUCAGAUACUGGUAUUUCCACCUUACCAGCACAAAGGUUAUGGCCGAUACCUUCUAGAGGCGCUCAAUAGUGUUGCACUAUCUGAAGAUGUCUAUGACCUGACAGUUGAAGAGCCAUUGGAUUACUUCCAACAUGUACGCACUUGUGUUGACAUACAACACCUGUUAGAUUAUGACCCAGUCCAAGAUGCAGUAAAAUCAGCUGUUCUGCAUCUGAAACAAGGAAAACUAUCAAAGAAGCCGCAGACCCCUCGGCUGAUGCCAACUGCAAGUACCAUUGUGGAUGUCCGGAAAAGUUUGAAAAUUAAUAAGAAACAGUUUCUACGCUGUUGGGAGGUUUUGAUCUACCUAGGCCUUGAUCCUGUUGACAAGUACAUGGAUGAUUAUGUUAGCAUCAUUGCAAGUCAUAUGAGGGAAGAUAUAAUCGGGAAAGAUUCUGGAACUGCUGGGAAGCAAGUGAUUGAAGUGUCAACUGAUUAUGAUCCUGAGAUGUCAUUUGUCAUGUUCAGGUCAGAGUCUGGUGAAGCGACUAGCACUUUUCAGAUUGACGAAAACCAAUCAAAUCAGGAAGAACAGCUCCGACAAUUAGUUGAUGAGAGGGUGCAAGAGAUCAAGUUAAUAGCACAAAAAGUAUCACCAAACCCUGUGUAAUGCCAAAGCCACAAUGUAUAAUGAGCUUUGGUUUCUCUGAUGCCAAACGAUGCAAUCUGGCAAGUAGGCCUCUAUAUGUAAAUGACUGAGCUGCGCAUGCAUCUCAACCCUGUGCCAUUCAGAUUGUAUGGAGACAAAAUUAAAUGAAUUUUAUCGGCUAGCCCUCGUGAGGGAGGCUAUGCUGUGCUUUGUUUA